AUGAAGCUUGUACAGCAUCGCGUCCUGCCGUGGCGGCUCUUUGUCAAGCCCCCACAAGCCCGAGCCUUCUCCUCAACCUCGGCCCGUCCCGACAUCAAGCACAUUCGCGAACUCCCUCCCCGGUUACGACCUGCAUACGAACAGAACCCGACCAACACCCUUCUCAGCCUGCAGUGGCCCUCUCCGCCUCGUAACAUCCUCAUCACCAAGAAGAAGCGCUCGCCCAACAUCAGCAACUCCCUUCUCGAAUUCGCGACCCACAUACGCUCCACCUACCCUUCCAUAAACAUCAUUCUCGAGCCUGACUCAGCCACUGAGCUCCAUGAACAGCUGCCCUUUCCCGUCUACUCGUACGACAAGGUUAGCGGCUUUGGUACAUCGCAUCAUCUGUCGGAUAAAACCGAUUUGAUAUGCACCCUGGGCGGUGAUGGCACCCUGCUUCGAGCAAGCAGUUUGUUCAGCCAUGCGGAAAGUGUCCCACCAGUUCUAAGCUUCGCCAUGGGCACGAUUGGCUUCCUGGGAGAAUGGAAGUUCAAAGAGCACAAGAGAGCCUUCCGAGAAGUGUACAUGAGCGGCGCACCAGACACCUACUCCACCCUGUCCGACUCUCUAGGCGCACCACCAUCGAGCCCAAUCUCUUCUCCAGAUGACCCCCUCGACCGCCCGCUCUCCUACGCCGACAUCCGCGGCAAAGCAAUGGGCACAAAUCGAACCGCACGAAUCCUUCUUCGCAAUCGUCUCAAGGUGGGCGUCUUUGCACCGGACGGCUCGCGCAUCGGUUCUCAUGGAGACACCUACGCUCUGAAUGAAGUCACUCUCCACCGGGGCUCAAGUCCACACCUGAAGAUCAUAGACGUGUACAUCAACAACCGCUUCCUCACCGAAGCCGUCGCCGACGGCAUGAUCAUCUCCUCGCCCACCGGAUCGACCGCAUACUCCCUCUCCUCCGGCGGCAGUAUAGUACACCCCCUAGUCCCUUCCCUCUUACUCACGCCCAUCUGCCCGCGCUCCCUAUCGUUCCGUCCACUCGUCUUACCUGCAGAGACCCCCAUCACCCUGCGCCUCGGCAAAGACAAGAACCGCGGCCGUGAAGUCGAAGUCAGCAUCGAUGGACAGACCAUCACCGAAGGCAUGGGCGAGGGCAUGGAAGUCCGCGUCGCCGGCGAAGAAGUGAAAAAAGAGAAUGGAGACUGGGAUGGUGGGGUACCAAGCAUUGUGCGCGGCACUGUGGGAAUGGAAGAUGAAGCCGAGGAUCAUUGGGUUGGCGGGCUCAACGCUCUCUUGAAGUUCAAUUAUCCCUUUGGAGAUCAGGACAAUUGA